ACAACCAAUCAAAUUCUUCCAUUCCCGGAAAUAGCGUCAAUUUAAACGUUCGGCGGCGUUAGUUUGCUUUUCUAUUUCGAUGGGUUGUUUUUUUCUUUUUUUUACAGCGAGACGGAGGACAAAUAAGUUAACCCACGAACAUUAGCUUCGUUUAUGGACUAAACAAACCAGAAAGUACACACUCAAAGUGACAACGACAGCGUUUUGGCUUGGACUGUUUGUGUUGUUUUACUGUCCGUUAAGUCAAGUUACCUGAGCGAGCUGAAGUAACGUUAGUGAGCUGCUGAAAUGGAGGCCAGCCUUUCCAGACUCCUCACCGGGCUUUCGGUGCAUAUUAGCCGGAGUGACGGCCGAGUUCAUCUCGCCACUGUAAAAUCUGUCGAUGGCGUCAAGUCCACAAUCAUGGUGGAGUGGCAUGAGAGGGACAUAUGCCGGGGGAAGGAGAUUGAGUUAAAAGAGCUGUGUGCGCUCAAUCCAGAUUUGCGGGAUCAUGUCAACUCACUCACCACAAAAGCUGCCAUCCCAGCACCGCCCUCCCCAGAGAAGAAGUAUGAGGCUCGACUGCGUUCAUCCAGAAUUCCUGCCCCUGCAUCCUCCUCUGCUGCAGCAGCCACCCAAGGUGAACAGACAGUUGCCAGGAAGUCUCAGGCCAGGCAGACAUGUUUGUUCCAGGUGCCUUCCCCCCCAGUAUCGGUCCCGGCCUCAGAGUCUGCUGGGGUAAACCCUGAGUCAGUCCACACUGAUCCCCCUGCAACAUCAGUCCUAACAAACUCUGCAAUUCCAAACAAGCCAUGCAAGAGGAGCAAGGCCAAACAGGUGUCUUCUCUGCCUACCGUCAGUGAGACCACCAAGGAGAAUGGGGCUGAGAGACUGCCUCCUCUGCCUGUAGUAACGGGCAGACGGAGAACUGUGGCCCCCCAGGAACUCAGCAAGACAAACAAAAGGCUGUCUGGUGUCAAGCCACCAGACGCACAGCCCAAGAAGGGAAAGUUUGGAGAGGCUCAUCGGCCCAACCAGAAGUUUUACGACAUGAUCCAAGAUUUUAGAGAGACCUUGGAAGUUACCCCACUGUCAGCCUCUGACCUGGUUGAAGCUCACAGAAUUUGUGUGUGUGUUCGCAAGCGGCCACUCAACAAGCAAGAGGUCAAUAAGAAGGAGAUUGAUGUGGUGUCUGUACCUGGGAAAGGGGCUGUACUGGUGCAUGAGCCAAAACAGAAGGUGGACCUCACCAAGUACUUGGACAACCAGGUGUUCCAGUUUGACUACUGCUUUGAUGAGACCUCCACCAAUGACUUGGUCUACAGAUUCACAGCCAAACCUCUGGUCCAAUCCAUUUUUGAGGGAGCCAUGGCAACAUGUUUUGCCUAUGGCCAAACUGGAAGUGGAAAGACUCAUACUAUGGGAGGUGAUUUCACUGGCAAGCUGCAGAACAGUUCCAAAGGCAUCUACGCUUUGGCAGCCCAGGAUGUUUUUGCCCUCCUAAGCCAGAGGAGAUAUGCUAGCUUGGAUCUCUGUCCCUACGUGAGCUUUUUUGAGAUUUACAAUGGGAAGGUGUACGACCUGCUGAACAAGAAGGCCAAGCUGCGUGUCCUGGAAGAUGACCGGCAGCAGGUUCAAGUGGUGGGUCUGCAGGAGGAGUACGUUUCCUCAGCGGAAGAGGUCAUAAAGAUGAUAGAGAUGGGCAGCACUUGCAGAACAUCAGGGCAGACCUCAGCCAACGCAAACUCAUCGCGCUCCCAUGCAGUCCUGCAGAUUGCCCUGAGAUGCAGUGACCGUGCAAAAACGCUGCAUGGGAAGUUUUCACUGGUGGAUCUUGCUGGUAACGAGCGAGGCACAGACGUCAGCUGCAAUGACCGCAGCACACUGGUUGAGACUGCAGAGAUCAACCGCAGCCUACUGGCUCUCAAGGAGUGUAUUCGUUCUCUGGGUAGGAACAGCGAUCACAUUCCCUUCAGAAUGAGCACGUUGACCAAAGUCCUCAGAGACUCAUUUAUUGGAGAGAAAUCCAGGACCUGCAUGAUUGCUAUGGUGUCUCCUGGUAUGGCAUCAUGUGACUACACAAUGAACACACUACGUUAUGCUGACAGAGUCAAGGAGCUGAAUGGCCAAUCCAAAGCUGGUGGAGCCAUUAAGGCAAAGGAGCAAAGUGAUACCUCUUCAGAGGAGGAGUCUGUGGAUCAGAGCAUGUAUGAUGCCAUAUCGCAGGUGUCCGAACUGGAGGAAAAAGUUUAUUCAGAGCUACAGACGGCCAGCGAGCUCAUGAGGGCCAUGGAGCAAACCUCCUACAACAUUGAGGCAGGACUUCCUGACCUGGAGGAUCAUUCAAGAAGGCUGCUGGAUACAGUGUUGGCUUUAAAAUCUGCAGUUGAUGAGGAGCGACUGGCAAGGAUGAACCCCAGCUACCGCUGACACAGCACUCACCUGUCAUCCAUGACAUGUUUUAAAGAAAUGUUAGAGAGAUUGCAUAAAGUCUAUAAAGCACUAUUUACUCAAUAAAAUAAUAAAAUAUGUUCAAACAGCAUCUCAAUAUCUGAUUUUUGUUUUGUUUUUGUUUUUUUCUUGUUAUCUUUUCUUAAUGCGUGAGAGAAUGUCCUAAAGAAAAUUAAAGGUUUGCUUGUGUUGACCCUUAA